UAAGACGUCCAUGAGUGGCCAAGGAGAAUCAAACCCAUGGUAAAAAUUCUAACCGAAACCUCUUUACCACUAGGCUAAGACCACUUGGUUGAAUUCGAAUAAUGUCUUCCCUUCGAUUUCUUCAUAUAUGAUAUGCGGUGUUAAAAAAAGGUGCAAAACAAAUUGUUUAGUAAUCUAAGCGAUUUGUUGAUAGAGUUUGAAAAUGAUGACAUGGUGUUAGAGAGAUUUAGGGUUGAAGAAGAUAAUUAAUAUUUGAUUGAUUAUGCUUGAAUGAGUUAAACGCUUACAAGUAGUGUUUGCACAAACCGACUCUUAACCAAUAUAAUGGUUUAUUUAACCAAACUGAAAUGGACUUAACCAAACUAAAAUGAAUAAUUAACAAUUUGUAUAUCUCUUCAAAUUAAACAGUCAUAGUGAUAACAAGUUCGGUAUAAACCUUUAACCUAACAUAUGCAGAACUAUGUUGUAUAUGUUUCUAAAAGAUAAGACCGGUCAUGAGAUUUUGAAGAUUAUAGACGAUUUACUAAAGAUUUUUAAAAAGAUUGGAAACCUAUAUCUAUAUAAUUUUCGUCAAAAAAUUUAGAGAUUUGAAUCGAAUGUUCCAUCUGGCUUUGCUCAAGACCAGCAUUGAUGAGAGCACAACUUAACCUCGAGAGAUUUUGUAAAUUGCAAAGCUUUCAAAAAACGUCCCCAUUUUGGUCAUAAUAAACGACAGCGUUUUGUGCACGAUGCUCUGGGUGUUUUUUUUUUUUUUGGUUUUCAAGUCUUAACCCGAAUUAAUCGAAUUGACCGAAAAACCGAAUCGAAAAUACGAUAUAGCUCGGUUCCAAUACGGUAUUUGCAAAAACCAAUAGAGAACCGGAAAUGCAUUCACUCCGACCGGAUUCUUUUUCUUGUUUUUGUUUAUGUUUGACUUGGCGUUGUGAUGACGCCCCCCUCUGCGUGAAAGUGAAGCUUCGCUCGAUUAACUCACCUAUAUAUAUACAAGUUAUUUAAACUUUCUUCUGAUUCCUACAACUUUCGAUCAACCAGUUAGUUCCUCUAUACUCGCCAGAUUAAUCAAUCGGUAAAUCGCUUUUGUCCCCUAAUCUUCUAUUUCUUUUAAUGAGUUUACUGGUUACAUAUAGUUUUGUCAUAUUUGUAGUUUUCGGUAAGAAAAACUGUAGGCAGAACAGAACAUGUCUACUGAGUUGUGUCUGGAGAGGUCUUUGUUUGGCGGCGCUAUUACCAGCGCCUUCCCUCAAAGAUUCCAGGAUGCGAGUAAUAUCAGACAAGUUCCAGAUCAUCAGGAAGUGUUUGUGGAUCCUUCAAGAGAUGAGAGUUUGAUAUUCGAGCUUUUAGAUUUCAAGAGCGACGUUGGGGACAACGGUAGUGCUUCUUGGUUUCUUCAGGAUCUUGCUCGUGAGCAAGACGCAGAAGCAUUCAAGUUGGUUGAGCAAUCACAAGUCAUUGAAGCUCCUGGAAUCUCCUUCAGAAACAUCCCUGCCGUUGUCACAUCUGCUGUUGGAGAGAUGGCUAUAUCCAAAGGAAGACAGGGAAGAGAAGCACAAAACUUAGUGAGGGUAUAUGUGGCGAAUCUUCGUCUCAAGGGAGUUGAAACAGAUGUCUUAGUGACUGCGUAUGAACCUAUUCUCAUCAACCCGCUGAGCGAAAGUGCGAAUGCUGUGGGAUCUGGUUUAGCUGUGCCAGCUUCACAAUCUGGAGUUUUGCCGAUGUGUGAUGUCAUUAAACAUGCAGUCUCUACGUUCAGAGUCAAUGACUGGAGUCUUUUCGGUUCCUCUGCUUGAGUCCAUGCUUCAUCAGUAAAACGAAACAGUGCAAAUCUGCCAACUGGUGUUAUGUGGUUUCUUAAUGUUGAAGUUCAUUAGUUUGUGUUGCGUUUGGAUAGCUUGGCCUCCUGCAGUUUUUAAGCCCAAAAAAUUAAUCUUUAUUGAUGAGUUUUUCCAAAUCCAUCUACAUCUACUAUACCGAGAAACAGAAGUCCAUAAAAUUAUCCACUGAAUAAAUAAGUCCAAUUAUUAUUACAAAAAAAAAGACAGAAUUAGAUAUAAUUCAGUCGAAGAAUCUUGUAUUAAGUUCCAUCACGCCCCUUAUAGGAAAAAGCCUUUUGUUUUGGUUUCAGUUCUCUAUCUAAUCAAGUGACGUCUUGUCGAACAAAUGGGAGUCGAUAAUCAAGAAGCAGAUCACAAUUCACAAGGCUCUAUUCUAGUCACUAAUCUAUAAAAACAAAAACUAUACUAUGAUUAUCCAAUAACUACAUCAUAUCACGUAUCGAUUUUUUUCUUAAACAAUCUUUGGGUUGAAAUGAAAUGUAGUCCUAUCGUUAUUCGCCAAGAUAAGUAACAGCGAAUCAAAAUACAAAAGCUUAAUAAACAGACAAAAGCUGAACUUGUGCAACCAACUAAUUUUCGUAGAUAGUGAGACUCGAUCGUUUCUUGACAUAGACUUACUGAACUUAUGAAUCUCUUACGUUUGGAGAGCCCACUAGACCCACACACCCUUCAUACAUCAACAUAUACUUUUUUUGUUAUAUCAUAAAAUAUUACGUAUACGUUUAUUGGCACGCAUUCUACAGAACUUGUCCGAAUGACUUCUCUCACAAAAGAAGUAGAGAAUGCUCUAAAUGAGGAUGACAUUAGCCCUUUGCGAAACGAGAGAGAAUACGGACGUCGGAGAGAGACGUGGCAUUGUCAGCCUAGCUCUCCACCAAAUCCACCAUGGACCUCUUUUCCCGUUUCCACUAAACUUGUCUCUCGUACAUUUCAGAUUUUUGAUAAUACGUACCAAAAAGCCGUAUUUAUUAGCACUAUAUUUCAACUUACACAACCUUUUAUAUAUAUAUAUACAUAUAUAUGGUUACAUUAUGUGUUUUUAUGGAGAUACACGUUGACGUCGAGGGGGGAAAAGGAUUUGCCGACACGGAUAUUGUUGAUAGGCAUCUAAGUGGUGUGUGUGACCACCAACUUUUAUAAAACUAAAUAAGUAAAAAAUACGUUACGCUCGAGUAAGCGUCGGCAUUUUACCUAGACCUGAAAAUUCUAAUCACAACCGAUCCAAAAAUAUCAGAUCUGAAAUCGAACAAAAAGUUAAUAAACACCUAGCUGGGUUCAAAAUUUCUCUACUCGAAAUAAUCAAACGAUUCGAAUAACUCGUUUAUGAAAAGAACUGAUCCGAAUAGACUUGAUCCAAUAAGAAUGAUUUAUGUUCGAUUCAAAAAUAAGAAUAUCCAAAACUAUGACUUCAUCUGUUUUAUUUUAUAUUUUUUUAUUUUAUGAUUGAACUGUAAUGUCUUUUUGUUAUUAUUUUAUAACAUUUUCAAGUAUUAUAAAACUUUAAAUGUCUAGUUUAUAGUUUAAGAUGUUUAUUUUAAUUAAUACUAGUUUAUUUUGUAAAAUUUCAAAUAAUUUUGACGAAUUCAGAAAAAAAUUGUUGGAGUUCAGAUAUUUUAGUUUUUUCCGGUCUUGGAUACUCGAACCAACCUGGAUCCACUAUGAACUCAAAAGCUACAGAUUAUUUUGUUAUAGAUCUGAAGUUAUCCAAAUCCAAAAAUAACUGGCUCAAACCUGAACCCAAAGCUUACCUAAUUAAAUUUAAAUGUUUAGGAUCCAAAACAGCCAGAAAAACAAAAACCAUCCGAACCUGACCUGAAGGCCAAAUUCCCAGGCCUAUUGCUUGGAGAUGAAAGAGAGAUGGAGAGAGAUAACGACAGAUAGAAACUUGGGGAUUCAUCAAAAUCAUUUCGUGGUAUUUCUUGUAAUUCUCUACAAUAUUUUCCCGAGGGGUAUUGACGAAAUAUGAAACUUAUAACUUUAAUUUGUUAAAAAAAAUAUUUUUUACAUUUUACUUUAGUCAUGUAAACACAAUGAAGAAAACGUACCCUUGGCAGCUCUUGUCCCCUUCAAUUGCGUGUGUAUAUAUAUAUAUAUAUAUUUUUUUUUUUUUAUUCAACCGAGCAAAAGGGUAAUUGCCACAAGAAGAAAAGUUAGACAACCUUAAAUAUUGAUAUAGUUUUUUCUUACCCUAAAUUUACUGAAAUCUUUUAAGUUUAUUUCUUAGAUCAACUCAAUAUAACGUCAUUUCAUAUGGAUCAAAUCUAUAAAAAGUAUUAGUUUGUCGUUUGAAUAAAAAUUAAGCAACGGCACUAUAUAGCAGUAACCACAUUAACGUCAAGACUCAACAGGCCGACCUUGGUUCGUUUUGGAAUAAAGUUUUGUAACAGAUUGCUAAUUUUCAGUGAAGGAUAUUUUAGGUCGAAAAGGACUACGAUAUAACUUAAGAAACAUGAUGUGAUAUUUCCUAUUUUCAUAUAUACUUAAAUAAACAAGAUUGCAGCGAUUUUAACAAAAAAAAAUCACGUAAAUAUAUCUUUGUUGUUUUUUCAUAUAUUUGUAUGAAAAGAAGCAAGUAGAGUGAGUUAAUGCUCAUCGUGUCAGAUAUACGCAUAAAUUACGUGUAUCUGUAUUUGUAAACUUCAGUUUGAGUGAGUUAUUAUUUUUUUCCUCUGAAACUUAGAAUGAGUUGUUAUUAGUACUACUUAACAAUAACGACUUCCCUGGAAAGUAAGCACGUCACAAUUAUAAAGUAAACUAAACCUGUCGAAAACUUAUAAAGCAGAAGACAUAUAUACCAUACCAAUGUUAAAAUAAUAGUCAUUGUUUUGUUUUAUCAUCUAUUAGGAAAGAUAGUACGAGAUCAUAUAUACCAGUCAAUAUAGAUCUGAUACAGAUAAAGAGUCAGUAAUAGAUUAUAUAAAAUUAACCUUAAUAACGCCCAACAUUCCAGUCAAUAUUUUUUACUCGAAAUGAGAUGAAAAAAAAAACUAAAAAAGUCAAGGCCGUGUCGGUUGCUCUACCGAUUGACCCUGAGAAGCUCUUAAGGGAUGACCAGGUCCUAUGUUUGAGUCCUAUCUAUCAGAUGCGUAAGUGGAUUGAUUUAUCUGUUUCGAUUGUUAGUCCAAAAAGACAAGGACCGAAGGUCCAUAAUUCUUCAGUAACAAAAAAUAACUGUAGGAAUUAUAGAAGAGAAGGUGAGGCAUCGGUAUCAGACGUUCAUGGUGUCAGAUGAGGUACAGUGUUUAUAUAUAUACAAACAUACGCAUCACUCUUGCUUUUGGAAUCUUUUACAUGUACGUAUGCAUGCUGUAUGCAAUAUCGUACAAGCUCAUCAUGUGCUUGUAUAAAGUUACACAUCUAAAAUGAUAUAAGGUUAUGUAUCAUGUGUGAUAUUAAUGUAGCUGUAUAGAUAAUAGAACUAAUGCAUAUUCACACAUUGUUUUUUUUUUUAACUUUUAAUUUGAUGGUACCGGUAGAGCCAACAAUUUAUAUCAGAAACAAAAAACUUUAAAAUAUAGUACUAAACAAACUAUCAAGAAAAUUAAUGUUAUACUAAAUAAGCUAUAGUUCCAAGCGAAAUUGAAAUUUACACAUAAGCUUUAAUAGUAGAUUGACAGUUGUAGAAUAAAACAAGAGUAGAGACAGAGCUACGAAGAGAGGGGUAUACAUGUAAAGGUGUUAGACAUGAAUAAUGUAUAAGUAUAGAUAUUAGAUAGAUAGGGUCCAAACACACAAACAAUGAAUGAUGAAUGCUAGGGUUCCGGAUGCAACGUGAUUAUGUCGCAAGCCGUAGUGACAGUUCAUGAGAGGACAACUUUUAUGUUUUUUUUUUUUUUUGGUCUAAUACAACUUUUAUGUUGUUUUUUCCUCUCUCAUUUUUUUCUUUUUCUUCGCAAUUAUUUGUAGCACCAUAACUAAAUUGCUCCAAUCUCAUUUCCCACCAAUAUUUACACCACAUCAGUCUCUACGUAAUAACAUCAAAUUAUUCUGAAAAUUGACACAAUUAGAUAGGUUUAAGCAUGUGAGUGUAUAAAAGACUGUAAUUAUUUGAACAGAACAUCCUAAUAUUUUUAUAUAGGACACCGACAUUUUAAGUUUAUGAAAUUUACUUAAUGAUUUAACUUUAAAUGGCACAUAAAAUUUAAAAUAUCAUCUCUAGCUAGUGAAAUAUAAAUUAUUAAGGUGAUGAUCAUUAGCAAAGAAAAAGCCACCUUUUCGAAUUGGAAGAGUCUUUAUCUUUUUUUGUGUGUCAAUCAUUUGCUGAAGAUAUUACAAAUCGCAUGAAACUUUCUUUCAUAUUUCAAACUAGUCAAAUAAUAGCGAGUGAUCCCUUGCAAACAAAGCUUCCAUGAUAUGUAUAUAUUUGGAAGUUAAAAGACACAAAUGCUGGCAAAGCUGGUAUCAUUCAUUGCUUUCUUCCUCGAAUUAAUUUCACUUUAAGACACAAUGACACCACUCGUCUUCAUCUUAUUGGUACACCAUCAAUAAUAUUCAUGCCUCAUACGUUCAUUUUCUUUCAUAUCUCAAACUAGUCAAAUACUAGCGACUGAUCCCUUGCAAACAAAGCUGCCAUGAUAUGUUCAUGCCUAUAUGUUCACAACAUAAUUUACAAUCCCUAUACACCGUCGUAUUGUUCAUUUGUUUAUCCCUAAUGCACGGUAAAGUACGCCUUGUAUAAAUAAUAUCACAUGAUUCUUUAGAUAUCAGCGCCUAAUUAUGCAAGAUCACUAAAUGGUUGAGCAAAUCUAAAAUAAGAAUGAACUAUUAUACAAAAUGAAGAUUUAGAUAACAAGCAUUAAGAACCAUCUUUAACCAUAUAUGACCAAUACAAAACUGUUACUCAUUUAAAAUACUAAUCAACCAUGGUACGUAGUCACUAAAAUUAGUAAGCUUUGAUUUGGAACUUAGAUGAUGAAGAGUCUGCUACAUUGGAUCACAUGGUUAUCCUCCACCUCCCAAUAAAUAGCAAGCAUCAACAAUAAGGGAUUACACAUUGAAAUAUAAAAGUUUGUGGAUGAUCUCCGAAGACUAGACGAAACCAAGUAGUUGUAAUAUUGCAAUUAUAACUAUUAAUAAUGCAUUGAUUGUGUCAAACAUAAUAUUUGCUUUUUAUAUAUUUGUUAUAAGAACUAAUUAUAUUUUUGAAAAGUUGAACGACUAAAGAAAGUGGCAGAGGAAAAAGGCAAAAGGAGAACAGGAGAGAAAACGACGGCCAUGGUAGGAACUAAGGUUAGUUACAAAGAAAAGGAUUUUGGGGAGACAAAUUUUGUUGUGAUUUCGCCAACAACAAAUCUUUUCUUUUCUUUUGAAGUUAAUUGCAUGAUGGUUUUUAGUUUAAGACUAUUCGUUUUAACUGUUAAUUGCAUAAUUGUAUGAUUAGUCGUUCUCUUAAAUAUAUUUUAUAUUUUUGUCAGAAAAGUCUGGAUCUUCGAUUCACAAUUUUACACUUAAUUGAAUAAGUUUUUAAGUUUAAGACUAUUCGUUUAACAUCAUCAACGACAUAUUAUUGGAAAUCUGAAACCAGUAUCAUACGUUGGAUUCAUCAUCCGUAAAUUAUCAUGUGUACCUAUCUCAUUGGACUUGAAAUAUGUAGUGUUAUACUUAUAUGUUAUGUAGGGGGGAAAGUGGAAGGGACUAUGGGAAAGCAAAAAUAAAAGUUCUGGGGUAAAUAUAAAGAAAAUCUAAAGUGAGGCAGAGAAAAUAAAAUAAAGAAAAAGAAAGAGGAAAGAGGCAGAAGUGGAUCUGCAAAGGCAGUGAGACAAUCAUUGCUGGUGAAUGUGGAUGGGAGCCCACUUUUUCUUUUAAUUAUUUCCAUUUUAAUACACAAAUAUUUGUUUUUUAUUUCUUAUUUCUUUUUUCCAUUGUGCAUUAUAUACUCAAGUGUAUACCUUCUGUAUCCGCGAAUGAGUUGGAAACUGGAAAUAAGGCCAAGUAAAACUAUUUUUUAUGAAAAUCCUGUGAAUUAUCUGUGAAAAUCGCUAAAUAUUUAAUUUAUUUAUAUCUUCGAAUUAUUACUUGGAAAAUAAAUGUAUUUUCCUUCUAUUAGUUUACCAUCUUAUGUUUAAUUAGAAUUUGUUUAACAAAAACCGUAUCCGAAAGAUUAAUGUGUUUUAGAAAAAAUAUUUCAAAACAUGCUUUUUAUAUUUUCUUUGUAUUUUUACUACCUAAAAAUUAUAAAUUUUUGUCAAAAGAAAAUCUUAAAUCAAGUAUACAUCAAUUGAGAAACUAACAGAACUGUAACAUUUUAAACAAUGAACAAUGAAACGUGUUAUAUUCAUUCGACACUAACACAUCAAAUUCAGAUUUGUUUUAUAACUAAUGAAGUAAAAUUAGGGAGAACUCUAAUUUUAUCAUAAAUUCAAUAAUACUUUUAAAAUUUACCUUUAAAAAAUAAUUAUUUUCGUAAAUAUCAUUAAUUUAUGUAAAAAUGACUAAAUUGACUCUUUUAAAUCAUUUAUAAAUGUUUAAUAAUCUUAUAAACUUAAUUUCAUCUCUUAAAUACUAAAUCAUAAAAAGUAAUUAACAAUUUUCUAACUUAAAUGUUAAAAUAUUUUUGAUACAAAGUUUUUUUGAAUAUUGAUAGCUAAAUUAUGAUAUUUUAGAACAAUUUCUUUUAAACAAGUGUAUUUAUACAAUUUUGCAAACUGAGAGUAAGAAAUGCUAGCAAUCCUUUAGACCGUUUUUGUUACGUGACGGUAAUGUUUUGAAAUAGGGUUCGUGAUUGAUGGUAAAAUAUAUUCAAUCAAAAGAUGAAAAAAAAGCAGAAAUAUUUUUCAAAAAAAAAAGCAGAAAUAAAUGAAAUUUUGAGAAAGAUUAAUAAUUUGACUUGACUAGAUGUGGGAUCCAAUGAAGCUAUGGUCACUGUCUUUAGAGAGUGAAUGAUGCAGAGGACACGCACGUGGAGUCUGUUUCAACCCCACUGUCUAUCUCCUAUUUAUUUCCUUAUUUUCUCUCAUUUCUUCUUCUUACUAUUUUUAUUUUACUACCUAAAAGUAUUUUACAGAUUGAUUGAUUUAUUAUAAAACCUAAACCCUGAUCAUUCUGAAAUGUCCCACGAGACUAUUAAACUAAUCUUGUCAUCCUUACAUUUAUAUCAUCACAUGUUAAUAUAUUUAAUAUGCAAAUAAUAGUGGCAGAUUGACUAGUCCGACCUUAAUACCGUUUGAAGGAUAAAAUGUGUUAAAUAUACCCGACUUUAAUAGUUUAGAGUUGAUCAUGAGCUUACUAGAAUGUUUGCGGUCGAAAAGUGGUUGUUAAAAAUGUUACAAUGAAAUAAAUGUUGACUAGUCUUAAUACUGUGAUUUCUAAGUGAUAUAUUUUCUUUGAUUUAACUAAUUAGCUGAUGUAACUCAUUAACUGUUUUAGCAAAGAAAAAAAAUCAUUAACUCAAUUACAAAAUAAAAAAAAAUUGUACAGUACUAAUUAAUAUCAUAACAUAAUCUAGUUGUCCACUUUUUCAAAAACUAAAUUUAAAGGGUAAUCUAAACUCCCAUGGAGAUUUUAUGUAAACAAAAGGCCAGUAUAGUAUACAUAUGAAGUUAUGAACUGUCUAUAUGUUGAAUAAUCAUCACAUAAGAAAGGAAUCUUCUUCGCCCCUACUUAUAAAAUUUCACUAAAAUAAUUUUCUAAAUAUAGUGCUACAUCUUUUAACGACAAUUGUAUGUCAGUGAGAUAAAACCAAUGGUGGAAACAAAGCAGAAGCAACGCAAAAUUGCUUAUAUAUUAUAAUAGAUUAAUAGCUCUAUAUUUGGUUUUAGUUUUGAGUAUAACUAUAUGGUUUUGUAGAUAAUAAACUCGAAAGUCACUCAAGAGACGCAUACAUAAAAAAUAAAAACUAUGUUUCAUAAAAAAAAAAGCAGUUAAUUCAAUCAUGUGGAUCUCGUGUUACCAUAGAGCCAUGGAUUAAUCACUGUCAAUAAUAAUUCCAUCUAUUUAUUAUUUUCUGUUGACACGUACGUACAAAAUAUCGUCUAUGUUAACUUUUGAGUUCUUUGUUCUGAAUCGCAAAAAAAAAUCGCUAGCUGUGGAAUUAAUUUCGCGAUCGAUUAAAAGUUAACAGCAACGACAAAAACUGACGUAGCAUUUUUAUUUAU